UUUCAGCUUGUGGCUGGUUUCAGUUUUCUUCAUGCGCUGGAUGAAGAUGGAAGGAGAGAAUGAGAGAAGGAAGCGCGAGCGUGUUUGUGUUGACGUGAAGAAGCCGCGGGGGCAAAGGAAAAAAAAUCGCCGCACGUUUUCCGGGUCGUCCCGCAGCACCGCAAAUGUCAUGUUGUGACGGCGAUUUGCGAUUUUUCCGACUUCUAGCUUCACAUAAGAAUCAAAAGUUGAUCUGUUUUCAAAUGCGAAUUUAGAAAUCAAGUUUCACUUGACUUUCCCAUGGCGGCUAUUUUUACCCAACGUCUUUCAUAAACGCUGACCUGAACUGAGACCUGCAGAGGUUUUAAAAAAAUGUUUUUUAUUGACCUUCUGGAUAAAUUGGCCAAACCGUGCCGGUACACUUCACUAACCGUUUCCAGUUUUUUGCGUUUGUGAAAAAUGACUCCGACCAUAGUUCACUGGAGUCCCGCAUCCGUUUUUGUAACCGUUUCCUGACUGAUAUCGAUUUCAAUCACCCAAACCCCCCCCCCCAACCGUUUUGUUUUUGUUCCCCACGGUACAUUGUACAAGUAGGCUGGUUGAGCCUGUUGCGCACCAACCUUCCCCGUUUCAUCUGAAUGAAAUCCCCAGGUCAUUUCCUGUAGCUGCACACUGCCGCCUCUCUCUCUCUUUCUCUCUCUCUCUCUGCCCCCCCCCCCCAUUGUACCCCUCCCCUUUCCACAUCCCUCGGACUGCUAACACAGUCGAGUGUUGUGGAGGUGAACACUACGACAUGUCCGGCUUGUGUCUGCCGCUCUCCUCUUUCUCACUCUCUCGUUUUCUCUCUCACACACACCCUCCCUCCUUCUCUCGCUCACUGUCACAUUCCUGUCGUCUAAAGCCGGCUUGAACUCGAAACUGGAAGGAAGGCAACAGUAAAAAAAAAAAGAAAAAAAAAGACGGCUUCUUCCACCUCCACACUGGAUGAGAAGCGCUACGAGAGAGUCAGGAGUCACCUUCUUAAAGGGGGCUAUUCAUUUGUCUUCACCCCCCCCCCCCCUCCUCACCCCCUUGCUCGCUCGCUCCCUCACUUCGUUUUUUUCCCUUUUUUGGGCUCUGCUUUCGUUCUCCUCGGACCUCACGCCGGACUAUUCAAGUGUGAGCUUGUUUUCAAAGCGUGGGGAGUUUUUGCCAAGAGUGUCUUUUUCAAGAAAGUGACCGCCGGGACCUUGGAGGGGUGUUUCCGUUGCAACAAUGUGUGUUUCCAAAGAAGUUACUCCAGGAACAAAGCUCCAGAGCGCCAGCGUACUCCCCACCAUCUGGCGCCCAUGACCCCAACAUAGUGGGAGAUAGCCCUCCUGAGGGGACUUCAGUCAAACGGCCCAACGCUGUUCCAGAUCGGAAGCGCAUCAGAGAGACCAGCGCCGACCAGGAGAGGUAUCCCGAGGUUGGAAGAGGGGGAGGCGAGGCGCCCUUGAGGCCCCCGGAGAUGAAUCCCAUUAUGAACUCCACUUCCAGCUCCGGCAUGGCCCUCAUUAGCAACGCUCUGGCGGCCUACACAUACGUCUCAAAACACCCAGAGAGAGCGGCUCUCUUCUUUGUCUGUGGUGUCUGUCUGGGCCUCUUCCUUACCCUAUUCGCGCUGGUGGUCCAGAUCUCCUGUCGCACCGACUGCCAGCCGCCCCGCCGGCAAGCCGCCGCCAAGAAACGAGCGCGCCCCGCCGCCGACUCGUCGUCGGACUCCAGCGACUCCGACUCGGAUUGGGACGCCAACUCGGACCUGUCGGCGCGACGGCACCGGCGCUUCGAGCGCACGCUCAACAUGAACGUGUUCACCUCGGCCGAGGAGCUGGAGCGAGCGCAGCGGCUCGAGGAGAGGGAACGCAUCAUCAGGGAGAUCUGGAUGAACGGGCAGCCCGACGUCCCCGGCACGCGGAGUCUCAAUCGGUAUUACUGACCGCCGCUUUGGAUGGAACGCUUACUCGAACAAGACUUCGGAAGGCUCGCACCUGUCAACCAAUAAGGAGGUGUACUGCAAACUUGGGAAGAGAAUCCCCCCGCCCCCGAGGUCGUUGGCCUUCUCCUUUGGGUAUCGUAAUUUUCCCCCAGUUGUAGGAGUGUUUCCCCUCCGCUCUACCUCUCAGCUGGAGCGUACUGCCGGAAGCGAGGGGCCUCGCCCAUGACCCCAAGGAAGCCCUUUUUUUGAAGUAAGGCCCUUCGGUUUUUAGCUUCCUAGGACCCGUACAGGCCUGUGGAGACUUGACGGUGAUUAAAGAGGCGAACAAGGCAUCAGGCAGCUGCAACACUUGGAUCUUUAGCCAGCAUUUAAGCCCAAAAUGUGUACAUGACAAUCUUUUUUUUUUCUCCCGCCCCCACAGAGGAUGCUGCCUUUUACAAAACCAAAAUAUAUUUCCUUCACCCUCCCCCCAAAUCCCCCAUCCCCUAACCCUUAUGAAAUCUAUUUUAUAAUAUUUAAUAGUUUAUUGAUUUUUGUGUAUUUUGGUUCUCGCGUAUGCUUUAUUAUGAGAUAUUUUUAUACUUGGCAAAGGUUGUCCGGCGCCUCAGGGAUCCAAUCCUACAGUGUCUGUGUGUUUUUGCCUUCUAAGAGGGGAGGAGGGGUCAGCCCCCUUUUUUUUUUUUUAAUCAUGUACGUCAGCCUCUAGCAGUUAAAGAGAUACGAUAUGAUACAGAGAGCCUCAAAGAGGUUUUUAGUGAUUUAACCGUAUUUUUGAUACAGGAUAUGAAACUCACAGUGCAGUGCCUUUUCAAACUAUGAGGUCUCUCACAGGGUCUGAUGACUAGAAAUACCAAAUCAUUGAGCGUAGUUCCUUCUGGUUGUUUUCGGUUGAGUUUGCUUCAGUGAAACACCGAUUGAACAGGACCCGUAUCCGGAAGUAUCCGUCGCUGUGUGAUGAAAAUCACAUCGGCCAUGUUCGUAUAAGCUAUUUACAAUCCAGUUCUGUUUGUGCUUCUCUGAUUUCAAGUGUAGAAAUAACCAUAUUUUUCUUUCAUAGUUUUUAUUUUUAUUUUUUUAACUUGAGAGGUGAGUAACGGAUAGCACGCAGGACAUAUUAGGGUCACCCACAUUGGGACAGCCUGUCUAUGCUGUAUCAUUUUUAGAACAUUUCUUGUUUUCAUUUGGACAUGAACAUGCCGAUAGCUGACCAACACGAGGGCAGGAGCUGACUCCUGUGUUUGAAAUAAACGUUUCAUAAAUAUGUCUUCUGAUAUUUUGAGUCCAUCUAUCUAUUAUUUCUAAUGCUUCUCAUUUAUUCAGCGUCGUGGGUCUCCUGGAGCCGAACCCAUCAAACUUUGAGCAAGAGACUAGGGAUAGCCUCAACUGGUAUCCAGCCAAUCACAAUACAAAACAAA